CCGAAAGGACAUAACGGAAUCAUGUGGAAUUUUCAAAGAAUCAUUUGUAUUUGGAUAUGUUGCGUAUCGUGUAUGUUCGGUAGUACACAAUUGUCAUCGCUGGUGAGGGCAGUUCCCUAUGAAUACUUUGAUGAUCAUGACCAAAGUUUUUACGACUUGGAUACGGAACAGAUACAGGCAAAAUAUGAUACACGUUUGCUAUCACAGCAGAUGUUGAAAACUUCAGACGCUCAGAACGAACAACAGCAGCAGCAACACCAAUCACUUGAAAACCAAAAGGGUUCCAUGCAUUUAACUGAGCCGGAUGGUUACUCAACGAAUGAGGAACGAAAGAUGAUUGAAGAAGAGCACAUGGGAGGUGCAGGUGGUGGUGCUGGUGCGUCUUUUGUCUUCAACGAUAAUGGCAAAAAUGGUGAGCGCGGCUCGGUAACCGAUUCAGACAUUUUAACUAAAUUGAAAACUAAUGAUGCUAGCCAGAAUGGCAAAAACAACAAUAACAACAACAACAACGAUGCUGACACCAAGGACACCACAAGGAUAGAUGAAACAACGCCAGCAAUUACUGAAAAACCAGAAAUCCAUUUGCCACGUGCGGCAUCCUGUUACACAAAUGGCCAAAAAUACACUCACGGCCAAAAGGUGCCACGUCUUGAUAGCUGUGAGGUCUGUUUGUGCAUGGAUGGUGAAAUAUUUUGUUGGUGGGAAAAAUGUGACAAAAAGGUGCAAAAGAGUCAGACACCCCGCUACGAUGACUAUUCGACACCAUAUGGAGAAUCAUCUACAAUGCGGAUACAGGCCAAUGAGAAAUCUACGAUUAGAACAACGCUAAGGCCGAUGAAGAAACCGAAAAUUAACAAAAGCUAUAAAUUUGGACAAAAUGGUGAUGAUGGAGAGGCGGCUGAUGAAGAUGCUGCUGGCCUAGAUGGUGAUACGGAAGAUAAUGAAUAUGAUGACAGUACGUACAGAUAUGGUAAGAGCUCCUACAAAAGCCAUCAUAAUAAACAGCAGCAACAACAACAACAAAUGACCAAAAAGAAGAAGAACAGCCAUGAAGAACAGCAGCAGGGUAAGAAGGCAUUAGAGCUUAAGGAGAAACAAAUGAAAAAGGACAAAUUAAAGAAACAACAACAACAAGCGCAGCAGCAGCAACAUAAAACCAACAACGAUCACCACUAUCACCAUCCCGAACAUCACACAUCUGGUGCGGGUUCCAGUAAAAUCCUUAAUUUCCCCGAAAAUCUACCCUCCGUCCUGUAUUAUGACUAUAAAACGGAAGAGCAUCAGCAUCAUCAACAUCAGCACCGGGAACAGCAUCUAAAGCAUCAGCAUGAAAAGGAGCUGAAACAUCGUCAACAUGCGGUCAAUAGUCGUCAUCAUGAAUACGGGAACAAUGAUGGUGGUGGUGUAGGGGGUGGUGGUUCGGGAGGUGUUGGUGUUGGUCAAGAUUUUAAUAUGGACAUGUCUGUGACACUGCCAGCUGUUGCGGGCACCUCACAACUUGGCGACUCGUCUGCCUAUGGCCGGAAUAAUGUUCGUGGUAGCGACAAUGAUGCUGUCUUACAACGACAGCAACAACAACCGCCAUCAUCUGCAAAAUUCCUGGCAAACGGAAAUGACAACAUUUACAACAAUGUGGAUUUACAAACGGAUAGUGACAUUUUGCCCGAACCUCCAACUAAAAAGCCCAAAUUAUCGUCUAUUGACACAGCGGAGAUGGCAAUGCUGGGAGCUGAGGGC